AUGACAACGUCGAAAUCAAAUUCAAGCUGGAGUGGCACAUCAAGAAGGAAAAAUCGGGAGAUAAUACGAUGUAGUUGUGGUGAUAUUUGCCCUAUUUAUGUUUCACGCACUCCAGAAAACCCAGGACGAAAGUUUCGUGCCUGCCCUAAUUACCAGGAUGAAGAUGGUGGUUGUGGUCAUUUCAAAUGGGUUGAUGAAGAAGAAGACGAAUUUAGGGCUUUUAAGAAGCAAUUGAACCUUCAACAUAAAGAUAUCGAAUCCGUGAUGUUGCUCAAACUGAUUGUAGGGCUGCUAGUGAGUAUUUUGGUAUGUCUUGUUGCGGUGGUUAUUAAGAUGUAA